CUGCUUGUUUCAGUCCCAGUAGUCCUGGCCAGAUUUUAGAAGAGCCCAACUACUUUUUCCCGGACUUCCAGCUGUAUUCUGGGAGGCAUGAAGCAUCUGCUUUGACUGUGGAGGCAAACAGUGGCAUCAGGGAAAAAGUUGUUGAGGAUCCUCUUUGUAAAUUCCACUCCCCGAACUUUCCGAGGCUCUCAGAGGUGGAAAUGAGAGGUUCUGAGGAUGCAGCAACUGGAAGAGUAUUACAGCGGCUGAUCCAGGAACAACUGCGGUAUGGCACCCCGACUGAGAACAUGAAUUUGCUGGCCAUUCAGCACCAGGCCACGGGGAGUGCAGGACCAGCCCACCCUAUAAACACCUUUUCUUCCACGGAAAAUCUCACUCAAGAAGACCCACAAAUGGUCUACCAGUCAGCACGCCAGGAACCGCAGGGUCAGGAACACCAGGUGGACAAUACGGUGAUGGAGAAGCAGGUCCGGUCCACGCAGCCUCAGCAGAACAAUGAGGAACUGCCCACUUAUGAGGAGGCCAAAGCCCAAUCACAGUUCUUUAGGGGGCAGCAGCAGCAGCAACAGCAAGGGGGUGUGGGCCAUGGUUACUACAUGGCGGGGGGAACUAGUCAGAAGUCCCGGACUGAGGGAAGACCCACGGUGAACCGUGCCAAUAGUGGGCAGGCACAUAAAGAUGAGGCCUUGAAAGAACUCAAACAGGGCCAUGUCCGCUCUCUCAGUGAGAGAAUCAUGCAGUUGUCUUUGGAGAGGAAUGGUGUUAAGCAACACCUCCCUGGUUCAGGGACUGGAAAGGGGUUCAAGGCAGGAGGGGGACCCUCCCCAGCCCCACCUGCAGGUAAGGUGCUGGACUCUCGAGGUCCUCCACCUGAGUACCCCUUCAAGGCCAAGCAAAUGAUGUCGCCCGUCAACAAGACCCAGGAGCAUGGACUUUUCUACAGUGACCAACACCCUGGGAUGCUGCAUGAGAUUAUCAAGCCCUACCCACCUCCCCAGCCUGCGAGGACAGAAGUGGCUGUUCUGAGGUAUCAGCCACCCCCAGAGUACGGUGUAACAAGCCGCCCAUGCCAACUUCCUUUCCCAUCAACAGUGCAGCAGCACAGCCCGAUGUCCUCCCAGACCUCCUCCAUCAGUGGGCCACUGCAUUCUGUCUCCUUACCACUUCCCCUUCCAAUGACUCUGGCAGCCCCCCAGCCACCGCCUGCCACAUCCCCCAGCCAGCAGCUUGGCCCAGAUGCAUUUGCGAUUGUGGAACGAGCCCAGCAAAUGGUGGAGAUACUAACAGAGGAGAACCGGGUGCUUCACCAAGAACUUCAGGGUUACUAUGACAAUGCUGACAAGCUCCACAAGUUUGAAAAAGAACUUCAGAGAAUUUCAGAAGCUUAUGAGAGUCUAGUCAAAUCUACCACCAAGCGAGAGUCUCUGGACAAGGCAAUGAGAAACAAACUGGAAGGCGAGAUUAGAAGACUUCAUGAUUUCAACAGAGAUCUCCGAGAUCGACUGGAGACCGCCAACCGGCAGCUGUCCAGCAGGGUGUACGAUGGGCAUGAAGACAAAGCCACAGAAGGGCAUUAUGCUUCCCAGAACAAAGAAUUCUUGAAGGAAAAGGAGAAGCUAGAAAUGGAAUUGGCAGCAGUGCGUACUGCCAGUGAGGACCACCGGAGACACGUCGAGAUCCUGGACCAGGCUCUCAGCAAUGCCCAAACCAAGGUCAUCAAGCUGGAAGAGGAGUUACGCGAGAAGCAAGUGUAUGUUGAGAAAGUUGAGAAGCUGCAGCAGGCCCUGACCCAGCUGCAGUCUGCAUGCGAGAAGCGAGAGCAGAUGGAACGUAGACUACGUACCUGGCUGGAGAGAGAGCUGGAUGCACUGAGAACCCAGCAGAAACAUGGGAAUGGCCAGUCAGCCAGCAUGCCAGAAUACAAUGCCCCUGCCCUUCUGGAACUGGUGAGGGAGAAGGAGGAGCGGAUCCUAGCACUGGAGGCCGACAUGACCAAGUGGGAGCAGAAGUAUCUGGAGGAGAGCACCAUUCGACACUUUGCCAUGAACGCUGCCGCCACUGCUGCAGCUGAGAGGGACACGAACAUCAUCAACCACUCACGGAACGGCAGCUAUGGUGAGAGCUCCCUGGAGUCCCGCAUCUGGCAAGAGGAAGAAGAGGUGGUGCAGACCCACAGGAGGUGUCAGGACAUGGAGUACACUAUUAAAAAUCUCCAUGCCAAAAUCAUAGAGAAGGAUGCCAUGAUUAAGGUCCUUCAGCAGCGAUCCCGUAAAGAUGCUGGGAAGACAGACUCCUCAAGCCUGCGGCCAGCCCGCUCAGUCCCAUCCAUUGCGGCAGCUGCUGGCACGCACUCCCGCCAAACCUCUCUUACCAGCAGCCAGCUGGCCGAAGAGAAGAAAGACGAGAAGACCUGGAAGGGAAGCAUAGGAGUGCUGCUGGGUAAGGAGCAUUAUGAGCAUUCUUCAGCCCCCGUGUUGCCAACCCCUCCUGCCUCAGCAUUAUCUCCGACACUUUCAGCCACAUCAGCCAACAGCGCCCAUGCUAAGACCGGCAGCAAAGACAGCAGCACCCAGACAGACAAGAGCACUGAACUUUUCUGGCCCAACAUGGCCUCCCUCCCAACUCGCAGCAGGCUGGGCAUGACCCCCUCUAACAGUCCCAUCCUGAAACACCCCGGGGCCAGAGGCACCGGAGAGAAGCCAGAGAAUUCUCCUGGCCAUGUGAAGGCAUCUGACCACAAAGGCCGUGUCAGCAGCUUGCUCCACAAGCCUGAGUUCCCUGAUGGAGAAAUGAUGGAAGUCCUCAUCUAACUCUCCUCCCUAUUGAAUUUCACUUGGAACAUUGACAAACAAGGGAAGUGGCAAAGAAGGAGAAGGAAGGUCACGAAGGUUGCCGUUGGGAAAUCAGAUGCUUUGACAGACAAAGAUUUCAGAUUAUAAGAAAAAUUUUUGUAAAUGUAAAAAAAAAAAACCCAGGAGAGACCUACAUGAUUGAAGAUAGAAGAACGUGCUAUGGAUUUUUCCUGCACAUAAUGGAAGAAAGAAGAUAUGCAUAGGUUUGGAAACAAAGUUAAGAAGAAAUAGGAAAUUGACUUUUUUCGUUUUACAGAUAAUGUGUCUCUUGGGGAGGGUACACCCAUUCUCUGGUUAUAAACAGAUUAACC